AUGGGUAUAUCAAACUUGCUACAAUUUUUAAAGCCUAUAAUAAAGAACUCACAUAUCAGCAAAUAUGAAAAUGAAGUGGUUGGUGUGGAUAUAAUGUGCUGGAUACACCGUGGGUUAAUUAGUUGUGCUUAUGAUAUUGCCACUGAUCAAUAUAAUGAUAGUUAUUUAAGUUUUAUUGAGAAAAUGCUAGUACCAAUAUUUAAUCAUAAUAUAAAGGUGGUCUUUGUUUUUGAUGGAGAAGAAUUACCCGAGAAAAAAAAAGAAAAUAUGAUAAGAAAGAAUAGAAGAGAAAAAGCAAAAAUGGAAUUAAAAGAAAUAAUUAGCAAAGUAAAAAAUCCAAGAACUAAUGAAAUGGUUUUAAAGAAAUGUAUACAAGCUAUAAGUGUUUCUAAAGAAAUAAUUGAUAGUGUUAAAGAUUUUUGUAAAAAAAAAAAUAUUGAUUAUAUUAUUUCUCCUUAUGAAGCUGAUGCUCAAUUAUCUUAUUUAUGUAGGAUGGGAUUUAUAUCAUGUGCUAUUAGUGAAGAUAGUGAUUUAUUAGUUUAUGGUUGUCCUAGGGUGUUAUAUAAAUUAAAAAAUACUGGUGAGUGUAAUGAAAUUAGCUUAAUGCCUAUUAAUGAUCUUAUUGAUUGGAAUAUAAUCAAUAAAAUAAAGAAUCCAUUAUCUAACAGUAAUAAUGAAUUUUAUAUUACACCUAUUAAGAAAUUACAAAAUUCAGAUGAUAACGAUUCAGAUAUGUCAUUAGAUGAAGAAUCUUCCUCAGAAUUUAUAAAUAAUGAUGAAGAUAUUCCAAAUAAUAAUGAAUAUAUAAAUAUAUCAAAAAAAAAUAAAACUAUUGUAAAUAAUAACAAUAAGAAAAAAAAAAAAAAAAAAAAAUCAAAUAUAAAAAAAAAUGCGCAAAAAUCAAAAUGUGAUAAUAUAAUGAAACAAUAUAUUGAACACUUUCAUUGGCCUGAAGAAUUAUUUAAAUUACAAUAUUUUAAUAUAGAUAUGUUUUUAGCUAUGUGUGUUUUAAGUGGAUGUGAUUAUAGUAAUGAUUUCCAUAUAACUGGAAUGGGUAUUAAAACUGCAUAUAAUUUAAUAUUCCAACAUAAAAAUAUAGAAAAUAUUUUCCAUUUUCUUAUUUCGAAUGAUAGAUGGAGAAAUAAAAUACCAGAAAAUUUAAAUACAUUUGAUAAAUUAAUCAAUACAUAUCAAAAAAUUAAAAAUGCAUUUCUAAAUCAUCAAGUUUAUGAUUUUAUAUUACGUAAAAAUAUUCCAAUUAAUGAAUCUUUUAAAUCAUCUUUUAUGAAUAAAAAUAGUAAUACGCUUAUUCAACAAAUAACAGAAGCAUCUUUAUUAUAUGACCCCGUAUUAAAAAUUGAUAACUGUUUAAAUAAUUAUCCUGAAAUAAAUGACAUCCCAUUGAUUUCUUCGCACAUAAAGGAGGAUGAUUAUAACAAAGGUGGUAAUACAUACAACAAGUAUGAUAAUACAUACAACAAAUAUGAUAAUACAUACAACAAAGAUGAUAAUACAUACAACAAAUAUGAUAAUACAUACAACAAAUAUGAUAAUACAUACAACAAAUAUGAUAAUACAUACAACAAAUAUGAUAAUACAUACAACAAAAGUUGUGAUAAUUUUAAUACAAAUGAUGUUAAUUCUUCCUUUUUUAAUAACCAUCCAAUUUACACACAAUCAACUAAUUCAACAUCCUUUGAAAAUAUUUUUAAAGAUUUUACAUCUGAAUGUUUUGAGUAUCUAGAAAUUUGCCCUCCAGCAUUUAUGGAUCCUCAAAAUAAUAAUAUUCCAAAUAAUUGUAAAAGUGAAAAUUUUCAUAAAAAAAAUGAACAAAACAAUUUUGUGAAUUCAUCUUUUUAUAAUAUUAUAACACAAGAAGAAGUAAUUCAACAUACAGAUGAAUCUCGUCCAUUCACCCAUAAAGAUACUAACAUAUCAAACGAAAUAAAUGAAUAUGAUCAUAUCACUUCUAAUGUAACAUAUAAUGAAUAUAAAAACAAAACAAUACCAAAUUGUAAUGAAUAUAUUAAUAAAAGAAAAAUAAAUGAUUGUAUAACAUCAUUCAAUUUAAAAAAAAAAAAAAUGAAAACAACCUCAAUUCAUACCUCUCCCAGUAAUUCACAAGAUAAUUUAACAAUACAACAUAUAGAAACACUUGAUUGGAAUAAUAAAAAUGUUAAUGACAAGGAAAUAAAUAAUAAUAUAUAUGAAAAAAGUUCUACUUAUGAUGAAACCCUGAACUCUGAACGAGCGAAUGUACCUUCGAUGCCUGAUAAUAAUUAUCAAAUAUGCGAAAAAAAGGAUAACCUUUUGAAAAUCAAUAACAAUCCUUGCCAUACUAAUAAUAUAAUACAAACACAUAAUGAUCAUUAUAUAAACAAAACAUAUGACAAACAUGAUAAUAAUAAAGUUAAUAUAAAUAUAUGCGAUGAUAUAAGUACUACUAAUAAUGAUCAAAGUGAAAAAAUGGAUGAUGAAAAAAAUGAAUUUAUACAAAUAAAAAGUGCGAAAAAUAUUUAUGAAAAUAUGAAAAAAAACUUUUUACUUUUUAAAACAUUAGAUCAAGAUAUAAACACACCUAGUAAGUUUUUAAAUGUUAAAGGGCAAAUAAAUAUGCAGCAAGAUUGCAAACGAGAUAAUAAGGUGGCAUAUCUAAAAAGUUAUAAAAUGACAGAAGAGAAAAAUGAUAUAUGUGGUGAAAUAAAAGAGAACAUAUGUGAUGAAUUAAAAAAUGAUAUAUGCUGUGAAAUAAAAAGUGAUAUAUGUGAAGAAAUAAAAAAUAACAUAUGUGAAGAAAUAAAAAAUAACAUAUGUGAUGAAUUAAAAAAUAACAUAUGUGAUGAAUUAAAAAAUAACAUAUGUGAUGAAUUAAAAAAUAACAUAUGUGAUGAUUUAAAAAAUAACAUAUUUGAUGAAUGUCAUAAUAUAACAAAUAAUACACCCAAUCGUAUAACGAAGUGUAUACAAAAUAAAAUGACAAGCUUAUCACAAGUAAUAGAGGAAAAUUCUUUAAAUGAUAAAAAAACAAAGGAUACAAAUUUUAAUAAAGAUUUAUAUACAAAUAAAACAUACUCAAUUAAUAAACAUACUGAAAUUAAUUUACAAAUAAAUGAUAAAAAAAAAAAUGAUUUGUUAAGAAAUACUUUAGAAGAAAGUAGGAAAUCUUCCCUUACAUCUUAUAAAAAUAAAACUCCUUCAAAACAUGUUAAUUCUAAAAGCCAAUUAAGGAUUACUAAUUUUUUUAAAAGGAUAGAUAAAAAAACAAAUGAAAAUCAUAAUAUACAUAGUACACAAAAAAUACUUAAUGAUCAUAAUAAUAAUUGUAAUGAUAAUAUACAAAAUGACAAAUUUCAUACAAAUAUAUUUAUGAAUACACCACUAAACUAUUCUGUAGAAUAUUCUGAAGAAGAUUACAUAAACUCUUUUAAUGAUAACUAUUCAGAUAUAAAAAACUUUCAAAAAUUAAAAAAAAAAAAAAAAAGAAAUCUUAAAAAUACUCCUCAAAGUUAUAGUAUUAAAGAUCAUUUUGCCGUUUCUUUGCAAAGUCAAGAUAAAAAUGAUAAAUUAAGUUUUACAAAUCAUAAUAAUACCUUAGAAAAAGAUAUUUUAUUAAAUCAAGAUGAAAAACAAUUACAAUUUAAUCAUAAUUCAAUUAAUAAAGAAAAAAAUAAAAACAAUCAUUCACAAAUAUAUUCUUUAAUAAAUGAUGAUGAUGAUGGUGAUAAUCAUAAUAUAAUUACAAUAAAUAAUAAUAUAUCAAAUUUAAAUAUACAACAAAAUGAGCAACAAAUUUCAAAUCAUAAUACAAUCAUAAUCCGAUCAAAUAAUCAUCAACCAAAAAUUUCUAACGAAAAUGUAAAAUCUAAUAAUAUACUCACAGAACAUAAUACACAAAAUAAACACAACACUAUACUCAAAUCUACAGACAAAUUACAAUAUGAUAAUAUACAAAAAAAUAAAGAAACUUCACAAAAAAUUAAUGUGGAAUAUAUACUUCAAAAUCUUAAUUAUAACUAUCAGCCAAAAAAUCAAAAAAUUAAUACUUUUGAUUAUUUCAAGGAGAAGGAAAAUAUUAACCAUUGUAAUCCUUACAUUGAUCAUAAUUUAUAA